UCGAAAAUGUAUCCAUUCAUUGAUAUUUUUUAUUACCUUAAUGGACAAAUAUCCACCAAAAUAAAGGCUGAAACGACGCUAAGAAGGAAGGUAUCUCGAGAGCAGAUGACUACAGGUCACCUUCCGAGACGGCCGUCAGGACUCAGUCUGACUGUCACUCUCAUGUCAGAGUCGAAUACAAGUCUCCCGAAAGUCUCUUUUCAGUCUGGUGAUUCUCUCCCGGUUCCUGCAGCAGGGUUUCGGCCAUGCCCUUGGUCCUCAUGACGGGUCUGCCCUCCAGCGGGAAGAGCAGGAGGGCGAGAGAACUGAAGGAGUGGCUGGAGAGGGAGAAAGAGAGGACAGUUCUGGUCGUCAGGGAGAACGAUGUCGUCGGGAAAGAGAAGAACAAAAUCCUUCAUGACUCUCGACUGGAGAAAGAUCUGAGGGGGAACUUGAAAGCGGAGGUCUUGCGGCAGCUGAGCCGAGAAACUGUCGUUAUUCUCGAUGCCGGGAACUACAUCAAAGGCUUCAGAUAUGAACUCUAUUGUGCGUCCAAACAAAUAAAGACGCCGCACUGCAUAGUGCACACACUGGCUCCCAUCGACCAAGCCUGGACAUGGAACCAAGAAAGACCGGAAGAUGAGCAGUAUACGAAAGAGGUGUUUGACGGACUGGUCAUGAGAUACGAAGCUCCGAAUAGCAGUAACAGAUGGGAUUCCCCUAUGUUUACGUUACUACCUGAAGACCCACUGCCCUCGGAACCUAUUUAUGAAGCCUUGUUUGUACGCAAGCCGCCGCCUCCUAAUCAGUCCACUGAGACUCAGCCUUUAUCGUCCACAAAUUUCCUUUACGAAUUAGACCGCACAACUCAGGAGGUCACAAAUGCCAUCAUGAAUUCCCAGAAGAUCUUAGUGGAGGGAGACGACAUCCAAAUCCCAGGGUCGACAGAGCCCAUAAGUUUAGGUCGUAAGGUGACGUUGGGUGAGCUGACAAGAGCCAGGCGACAGUUCAUCUCGUAUACGAAGCUGCAUCCAGUGGAGGACACGGCAAAGCUAACAUCCCUCUUCGUUCAAUACCUGAACAAAACUCUGGGAUAAUUUCAGAGGACGUUUAAUGUUGUUACUCGUGUUUUUAAAGCUGUUUUAUAUA